AUGGCCUCUCCCCCCCUGACCCUUCCCUCCCUCCCCCCCAGCCCCCUGGCCAUGGAGUACCUCAACGAUUUUGACCUGCUGAAGUUCGAGGUGAAGUCGGACGCCUUGCCAGUGCCCCCUGCUGGAGGCUCUCCCAAAGCCACACCCCUGGACUCCCCCAGCCCCCACUCAGCCUUUAUGCCCCCGGACUCCUGCCUUACCUCCAGCCCAUAUAGCUCCCUGCCCCACUCCCCCACGCUGAGUGAUGCUCACCCGCCUCACUCGUCUUCAUCCUCUCUGUCCCUCUCUUCCCUCUCCUCCUCGUCCCCUCCCAUGUCACUUCCUGUCCCACCUGGUGGCAUCUACCCCUUCAGGCUGGCCUAUGGAACUGGCUCCUCCCCUCGCUCCUCCCCUGGCCCCGCCUCCCUAGAGGACCUCCUCUGGCUGGCAGCCCUACAGCAGUUUGGGCUUGAAGCCACGGCACCCGUCUCUGUGCUGGGGCCCCUCAGUGGUGAGGGCCCUGAGCUGGGGGAGAGAGAUCGGGGCCCCACUGGGGGGUUCCUGGGAUGUGAGGAUGCCGUGGAGGCCCUCCUGAACUCUGCAGCCGUUAACUCUCAGUUCACGGUUCUGGCCCAGAGCUCCGACAGCAGCCAGCGGGAUUCCGGCAGUGACAGUGGAGGUGAGGUCUUCUGCCCCAAGGCGGCUGACCUCUGUGCGCGGCCGCCGCUCCUUGUGCUGCCCCCCUCCCUUGCCGGUGCCCCCUUGAGCUCCGUACCCUACCUCCAGACGCUGAGCCCCGACGGCCAGCCUCACCAUCAUCUUCAUCCUCACCCUUAUCACCUUCAUCUCCACCACCAACUGGGCCAGAGGCAGGGCAGCGUGGAGGAGUGCUUCUCGGACGAGCAGCUGGUGAGCCUGUCGGUGCGCGAGCUGAACCGGCACCUGCGUGGCGUCAGCAAGGACGAGGCGGCACGGCUGAAGCAGAAGCGGCGCACGCUGAAGAACCGCGGCUACGCGCAGUCCUGCCGCCACAAGCGGCUGCAGCAUCGGCAUGCGCUCGAGGCCGAGAAACACCACCUCCUGCAGCAGCUGGAGCAGCUGCAGCACGAACUGUCACGGGUGCUCCGGGAACGGGACGCCUACAAGACACGCUAUGAGAAACUGGUCGACACGAAGGAGGCUCCGCCCACCCACUCCGGCCGCACCCCCACGCCACCGGACUGCUUCCUGUGA